UAUUUCCAAACACCCAGCUGCAACACCACGAACAAAACCCCUCUUCCGUUUUCAGGCAUCACUGUCCCUAUUAAACCUUUUACCCCAACCCUAACCCUAACCCUAACCGUCUCUCUCUGUCUGUCUGUCUGUCUGUCUCUCUAAUAUGACCACCGCACAACCCACCAAGAACGGCUUCGUCAACGCUGCGGAAGCUGACGCCCAGCCACUCACAUCCGAAACCACCCCCGCCCCAAUUACAGUGCCCGAGUCCGACCCAACAACAGAUAACAAUCCGGACCAAAAUCCCGAACCCGAAUCUGGUCCCAAUUCGGACACCGGGGCUGCCACUACCCCAACGAACGUCGGCAACGAUUCCACCUCCAUAGCUGAUAAUCGAUGGCCGGGUUGGCCCGGGGACUGCGUGUUUCGGCUAAUUGUGCCGGUUCUGAAGGUCGGUAGCAUUAUUGGCCGCAAAGGCGAGCUCAUUAAGAAGAUGUGCGAGGAGACCCGAGCUCGCAUUCGGGUCCUGGACGGCGCUGUUGGAAAUCCUGAUCGCAUCGUGCUGAUCUCUGCAAGGGAAGAGCCAGAGGUACCUCUGUCACCUGCAAUGGAUGCUGUAAUAAGAAUAUUCAAACGUGUCUCUGGAUUAACUGAGAGUGAGGGGUCUGGUGCUGCUGGAGUUGCAUUCUGUUCCAUCCGGUUGUUGGUAGCAUCUACCCAAGCAAUUAAUUUAAUUGGAAAACAAGGAUCAUUAAUCAAAUCUAUACAAGAGAGUACCGGAUCUUCUGUGCGAGUAUUGUCCGGAGAGGAGGUUCCGUCCUAUGCUGCUGCAGAUGAGAGGAUUGUUGAAUUGCAGGGAGAAGCUUUAAAGGUUCUCAAAGCUGUAGAAGCGGUAGUGGCUCACCUGAGGAAGUUUUUGGUUGAUCAUAGUGUUAUUCCGCUUUUUGAGAAGACACAUUCGACAAUCUCACAAGAGCGCCAACCAGAUACUACCUGGGCUGACAAGUCGUUGCUGCAUACUGCUUCUCAAACUGGAGUGAGCACUAAUUACCCUCUCUCAUCAAAGAGGGAGUCUUUGUUUCUUGAACGUGAAACUCAAUUGGAAUCACAACUCCCUUCUGCUGGAAUUUCACUUUAUGGAAAAGAUCUUUCUAUUUAUGGAAAAUAUCCUUCUAUUUAUGGACAAGACCCUUCUGUUUACAGGCAAGGGUCUAUUUAUGGACAAGAUCCUUCUCUUUCUUCUAUCCGUUCUUCGGGAAUUGGUCGUCCCGGUGCUCCUAUUGUUACUCAGAUUGCACAAACAAUGCAAAUUCCUCUAUCUUAUGCGGAGGACAUUAUCGGGGUUGAAGGGUCAAAUAUUGCAUUCAUUCGUCGCAGUAGCGGAGCCAUCUUAACUGUGCAAGAGAGUAGGGGACUACCUGAUGAAAUUACUGUAGAAAUAAAAGGCACCUCAUCACAGGUUCAGAUGGCUCAACAACUGAUUCAGGAGGUUAUAAACAGUCGCAAGGAACCAGUUACAAGUAACUAUGGCGUGAUGGAUACUGGAUUGAGGUCAUCCUACUCUCAGUUAGGUGCUCCAUCCUACCCAUCAUCGUCACUACCCUCACAACCCUACGGCGGCAAUUAUGGAUCGUCUGGUCCAGGAGGAGGCUACAGCAUGUUUAGGCUCUGAAUUAAUUGGUAAGCAAGGACUAAUGGUGGCUUUUCUGCUUUGAAUUGAGUUAUUUCCAAAUGAUUCUAAUCAAUGAAAACUUAAUGUUGGAGGUAGUAUUUAUAAAGUUGCCAAGAAGGGGUCGGGGUCCCGUUUUGUCAUCUGAAUCAUCAGAUUCGUUGUGUUGGUAGCUUUCCAAGGUAACUAAGCUUGAAAGGGAUAUAGAAGACUGUAAUGAAAUAGUAGCGGUUUUCGUGUUGCUUCAUGAGCAUUUGAAUAUUUAUGUUUCAUUUUUUCAACUUUUAUCAAACUUUGGAUUUGUAAUCCUGUUCUUGAAUAAAAGCAUUAUUCUAGGCUAGUAACAAA